AUGCAGAUGUUGGACACCGGUGACACACUUUCCGGUGAAUACUUUGACUUCAUAACCCUAAUUCCUGCCUCGCAGCGGGCGCCACCAACCAACCUGGAGCCUCGCCGCUACAGCAGGAUCAAACGAGAGCUUGACCAGUCGCACUUCCUUGGCGACACAGGCUUCACGUUCGCACAAUUCGAAGCAAUACAUGAUGCAUUGAAGAUCCCCAACCCUGUCCGAACACGCGAGCAAGACUGUGUUGAUAGCAAGUCUUCCUUCUUCCUGCUGUGUGCCUUCUUUCGGAACCGGUCUCUCCGGUCUCUGGAAAGCCAGUACGGUUGGUCCCACCCGUGGAUAAGCCGCGUGGUUCGACACCUUAGCAGGUGGAUCUACCGGAGGUGGGGUCACCUACUGGGCGUUCAAUCAACGCGACACCGGCUUGUUUGUCCUCGGAAGCUUGAGGAGUAUGCUGCAGCCGUGCAGCGGAAGUUCAAGCUUCCGAGGUUCUGGGGUGCAAUUGAUGAUACUGUUCGACCAAUUGCCAUGCCUGUUUUUCAGCAGGAGACUGUGUAUAACGGUCCCAAACAAUGUCAUGCUCUCAAGUAUCAGUUCAUCUCGCUGCCAAACGGUCUGAUCUUUUGCUCAAUGCCGUACGUUGAUCGACGCCAUGAUGCAUACGUUGUUGCAGAAACAGACCUUGUGGGCUGGGCUAGAGACAACGCCAAGAACGAAGCCGGUGAGCAGAUGUAUCUGUACGGGGACCAAGCAUAUGGCAACUCAGCAGCGAUUGUCACGGCAUUUGGAGGAAACAUCAUCAGUUCAAUGCAAGAUGCAUUCAAUCACAUCAUGAACAAGUUUCGUAUACAGGUUGAAUGGUCUAUUGGUAUGAUACCCCGGCAAUGGCCGCGUUUUUUCGUCAAACGGGAGCAGAAGACCGGGUUGACGCCGGUGGGACAAGAUUGGCUUGUCGGCGUCUUGCUCUUCAAUGCAAAAACCUGCCUUGUCGGCAACCAAGUGAGCAUGAGGCCUCACUGCUCCCCACCAAGCCUCGAAGAGUACUUCAGCAACUGGCGGGUAAGGCGAACAAUAGUGUCACCGGACCCCACCCUGUCUCAGAGCGGGGUACCAUCACAGGCUAUGGCAGAUAACGAGGAUGAGACGCUUGUGGAGAAUGUACUAUAG